GAAAAGGGUUGUGGAGCGGGAAAGUUGAACUUCCAGGCCCCCUGGCUGGUUCUUUCCUGGAAAGACGCCGAUCUACUGUACGAAAAGCCCCCAGCCCUCUCCCCCCCAGAGUUCACACUCCCAAGACUGGCGACGAGGAGGGUCUCCCGGGUCAUCUCCUACAGAGGCAUCUGUUGGGUACCCGGGAGUUCUCUGGAGCAGAGCUUGAACACGGAGAAACGGUUCUUGGGUCCCCGAGUCCCUGCUUGGCGGGAUGACUCUCGUGUGCGGGACCCUGGCAACUCAAAAAAAAAAAAAAAAAGUUAGCGAGGGAGGGCAUGGGAAGAGGUAGACGAGGGGAGUUUAGUUCCUGGACUUUCAGGGACUCCUUUAUCCAGGGAGAAUGCAUUGCGCACCAGCUGAAUCCGGGGCCGUUUGUUAGGCCGCGUACUGUGGGAAGUCGCUGCCUCACGGGACAGUCGGGCGGGGGGAUGUGGAAGGCGCACAGGGACGGUGGUGAUGCCCAGGGGGCGUGGCUGUCGCACCUGCGCGAGUUGGGUAUCUGCCCGGUGCCGGCUGUGUGCUAGGCCUGUGCGUGGCCGUGGAAGUUCCUCCCUGUUGGCAACUCCUGCUCUGCAGGGCUUAAGCCACUCUCCCCAUGCCACACCCCCCCCCCCCCCACAGCGCUAGCUGAGGUGAAGAAGAGAUAACCAAGGUGGGGGGGUUGCAUCCAGCUUUCCCAAGCUGGGGAGGGAAGCAGGCGUUUGCUGAGCGGCCUGCCAGCUCCUGUGCGAAGGGGUCUGGGUUGGUCAGGUGCACACAAGCAGGGCUGGGGGAGACGAGGCGAACGGAGGGAAGUUUGAAAGCUCAGAUCCCUGUCCCUGGUCAGUGGCUUUGUUGGCGACUGAGAUCCCCCACACACACUGAGUCGGCCCAGUUCGGUCCAGUGAGACGGCAUCCCGAGCCCGUGGUGUUUGUUGUGAUGGAAGUGGCCCAGGAUACCGUCGGAUCCCUCAGAGCAGGCCUGGGUAGGGAGAGGCUGGGUGGGAGUCCGCUAGACCAGAAGAGGGGAGGACUUCCCUGACGGAAGGGACAGAGGCAUUUCUGAAUUAAGUAAUGGUUACAGCUGCCCUUUAUAAAGUACCAGGGCCUCUGUGGUCAGCACUGCUGGGAACCCCAUCUCAUAGGUGAGGGAGCAGUCUCGGAGAGCGCCGGUGCCUGGCUGCCAUGGGCUGUGUGUAGGCGUCAGAGACCCAGGAGGCGUAAACGUCGGAUUCAGACUUCGGUGGUUAGAGGCUGGCCAUGGCAGAGGUAGCAGCCGAGGUGGCCGAGAUGCCAACGCAGAUGUCGCCAGGGACGGUGGAGCUGUCGGCACUGAUGUCAGCAGAGGUGACUGAGAUGACGCCCGGCGAGGCCCUCGCCUCGUCCCUCUUCUUCCAGCACCACCAGUUCAUGUGCUCCGAGUGCGGCGGCCUCUACAACACACUGCAGGAAGUCCUCUCGCACCAGGAGCAGCAUGUGCUCGGCUCCGAGGAGGAGGCGCUGAGCACCCAGGAAGCUGGCCUGCAGCCGGAGCUCGUGCCCGACACCGAGGAGGGGCCUUUCCAGUGUGGCGAAUGCAGCCAGCUCAUCCUCUCCCCCGGCGAGCUCCUGGCCCACCAGGAUGCCCACCUCCGGGAAUCUGCGAGCCAGAUCCAGUACCAGUGCGGGGACUGCCAGGAGCUGUUUCCCUCACCUGAGCUGUGGGUGGCUCACCGCAAGGCUCAGCACCUUUCUACGACAGCAGUGGAGCCACCGGUGCCACCUCCUCUGUCUCCCUCCACCCCACCGCCGCCACCCCCUCCACCACCCGAAGUCAAGAUGGAGCCCUACGAGUGUCCCGAGUGUGCUGCCCUCUGUGCCACACCGGAAGAGUUCUUGGAGCAUCAGGGCACCCACUUCGACUCCUUGGAGAAGGAAGAGCGCAAUGGCUUAGAGGAGGAGGAGGAGGAUGAAGACGAGGAAGAAGACGAUGAUGACGAGGAGACAGAGGGGGAGGAGGGAGCAGGGGCAGAGGUCACCGAUGAUGCCUUGGGAGGUGACAGGUCCACAGCUGGCCAGGCCCAGGGCUGUGGGGAUUGUCCCCAACGCUGUACCUCAUCGGGGGCACGCCGGAGACUCCGACGGGCAUCUCGCGGCCCAGCAUCAGCCUCCCACCCCUACCACUGCAGCCAGUGCCAGCGCAGCUUCAGCUCAGCUAACCGGCUGCUGGCUCACGGGCGGGCCCACGUGGGCGGCACACACGAGUGUUCGACCUGCUCCAAGGUCUUCAAGAAGGCGGCCUCCCUGGAGCAGCACCUGCGGCUGCACCGCGGCGAAGCCCGCUACCUGUGCGUGGACUGCGGCCGCGGCUUCGGCACAGAGCUCACGCUGGUGGCGCACCGGCGGGCCCACACUGCCAACCCAUUGCACCGCUGUCGCUGUGGCAAGACAUUCAGCAACAUGACCAAGUUCCUCUACCACCGGCGCACUCACGCUGGCAAAAGCGGGGCUCCCCCCAGCACUGCGACAGCCUCCCCAGCUCCAGCUGAGCCCACCCCGCCUCCACCGCCCCCAGCCCCGGCCCCGCCAGCCCAGCUGCCUUGUCCACAGUGUUCCAAGUCCUUUGCCUCAGCCUCUCGGCUCUCCCGGCACCGGCGUACGGUACACGGGCCCCCCGAGCGGCGGCACCGCUGUGGCAUCUGCGGCAAGGGCUUCAAGAAGCUGGUGCAUGUGCGCAACCAUCUGCGGACCCACACAGGCGAGAGGCCCUUCCAGUGCCACUCGUGUGGCAAGACCUUCGCUUCUCUGGCCAACCUCAGCCGGCACCAGCUGACCCACACAGGUGUGCGGCCCUACCAGUGCCUGGACUGCGGCAAGCGCUUCACACAGAGCUCGAACCUGCAGCAGCACCGGCGGCUGCACCUGCGGCCAGUCGCCUUCGCCCGUGCCCCCCGCCUCCCCAUCACCGGCCUCUACCACAAGAGCCCCUACUACUGCGGUACCUGCGGCCGCUGGUUCCGAGCCAUGGCGGGCCUGCGCCUGCACCAGCGGGUGCACGCCCGAGCGCGGACGGCCGCGCUGCAGCCUCCCCGGUCACCACCUCCCGCCCCGACGCCGCCGCCCGAGCCCCAGCAGACCAUCAUGUGCACGGAGCUGGGGGAGACCAUCGCCAUCAUUGAGACGUCCCAGCCGCUGGCGCUGGAGGACACGCUGCAGCUGUGCCAGGCUGCGCUGGGGGCCAGUGAAGCCAGCGGGCUGCUGCAGCUGGACACGGCCUUCGUGUGAGCACCGAGGGGCAGCAGCAGAAGGACUGGGUUGUAGCCACGAGGGUGGGGGCCUCUGGCGAGAAAGAGGACCACCCCUCUGGCAAGCCAGGGUGGCCCGACUGUGUGACAGGUUCUGCCCUGGCCUCUGUACCCACCGGCUCCUCAGAGCGGCCCUGGGAAAGUGAGGCUCUAGGAGGCCAGGCGAUGGCCCCAGGCCGCCGGGCCGCGUCGCAAAGCUGCGGCUUGCCAAGGCUCUUUGGCACUGCGUCACCCUGGUGUCCUACAAUGUGAGGUAUCCUUUACCAAGCACCAGCCGUGUGCCAGGUCUGCUGGAAACGCUCCCGUACCUCUUCCGACGCUCUGCUUGUCCCCCGGCCCUGGCCUCCCCUGGACUUCAGGCCCCCAGGACGUGGCACUCUCUGGGCCUCCUUCCUCUCAAGUUUGACAAGGCAGAGGGAAAGCUGUCCUCGCUCACUCAGCCCCGGACUGUGUGAUGCUGGGACCCGGGGAUGACUGAGCCUGGAGCUCUGCCCCUGGAGGCGUGCGGCGCCCGGUGGGAGCAGCACCCACAAGUACAGAUGGCUUGCUCUCUG